AUGGACGUUAACUUACAGAGCAUAUAUUCUGUAACUCCGGCGAUGAUCGCCGCCGCCGUUGCCGCCGUUGCCGCCGCCAUGGGUAUAUUAGUACUCUACCGGAGACGACCACCCAACUCUCCACCUGUUGUGCCUGGAAUACCAUUACUUGGAAACCUGCUACAGUUGAAGGAGAGUAAACCAUACCAUAUAUUGGCCAAAUGGGCAGAGGUCUAUGGCCCCAUAUACUCAAUCAAAUUAGGGAGUUCUUCAACAGUGAUUCUCAACUCAACAGAACUGUCUAAAGAGGCACUGGUCACCAGGUUCUCAUCCAUAUCAACAAGGAAGCUUUCUAAUGCCUUAGAAACUAUCACUGGUAAAGAAAUUAUUGUCGCCUGUGACUACGGUGAAUACCAUAAAAUGGCUAAGAAACAUCUUAUUUCAGCAGUUCUGGGAACAAAUGCCCAGGAAGUUUUGGAAUAUCAGAAGCGAAAUCGCCCUCACAGGGAUUGUAUGAUGGACAAUGUUGUGGCUAAACUGUCUGCUAAGAUUAAUGAUGACGAUUGUGGUCUGGUUGAAAUCAGAGAAAUAUUUCAAUUAGAGCUGUUCCAGUUGGCCCUGAAACAAAGUUUAGGCAGAGAUGUAGGCUCUAUUUAUGUGGAGGAACUUGGUGCAACAAUUUCCAAGAAAGAGAUGAUUGACAUCUUAGUUCUUGAUCCAUUGAUAAGAGUUCUAGAGAUUGAUUGGAGAGAUUUCUUCCCAUAUUUGAGGUGGAUUCCAAAUAGGAGCAUGGAAAUGAGGAUUCGGCAAACUGCGACGCGAAAAAGAGCGGUAACAAAGGCAUUGAUUGACGAAAAAAGAGAGCAGAUUGCUCACGAAGAGGAACCAAGAUGCUAUUUAGAUUACCUGUUAUCGGAGAGCGCACUAACAGAAGAGCAGGUUAUUGCAUUGGUCUGGGAAGCAAUAAUUGAGACAUCUGAUCCACCAAUGGUGGCAACUGAGUGGGCGAUGUAUGAAAUUGCUAAGAAUCCAACCAAACAGAAUCGAAUUUAUCAGGAAAUACAGAAUGUAUGCGGAUCAGAGAAAAUCAAAGAGGAGGAUCUUCAACACUUGAGAUAUCUGAAUGCUGCUUUCCAUGAGACACUCAGGCUUUAUCCUCCAGUCCCUAUGACUCUUCCAAGUCAUGUUCAUGAAGACACCCAACUGGGUGGAUACAACAUUCCAGCUGGGACUGAUAUCUGCGUUAAUCUUUACGCGUGCAAUAUGAAUGAGAAGGAUUGGAAGGAACCCAAAGAGUGGAGGCCUGAGAGGUUUUUGUCGGACGAGUACGAGCAGAUGGACAUGUAUAAGACGAUGUCUUUUGCAUGUGGGAAAAGGGUCUGCACGGGAUCUCUCCAGGCGAUGCUAAUUGCAUGCACAGCUAUCGGUCGUUUAGUACAGGAAUUCGAGUGGAAGUUGAAGGAGGGAGAUGGAGAUGAUGUCGAUACCUUGGGAAUUACGAUGCAUAAGCUCCAUCCAGUGCAAGCCUACAUAAGGCCGAGGGGACGAUGUGGUUCCGUGCAAAAAUAUACUUGAGUAUGAUCCUUAUUGCUCUUGCUACUUUGGCUUGAAGAAACCAUAGAGAUAUGGAUGUUUGUAUGCUCAAUUGAAUAAAUUUAGUUAUAUGUAUGUUUUUAAACUAGUUUAUCAAAAGGUGAAUUAUUCAUCUUUUAUAAUGGAAAAUAUUUCCACGUGUGGAUGGCUAUAUUAAUGAUUCCAAUAUCAUAGAUGAUCAUUGCCUUUUGGAGGCCUAAGUGACUUGAGGUUUUACUCGGUUCUUCACCAUUGGUGUAAGUUUUAAACAUUACUGAUUUUUGCCUAUUUAAUGAUAAAAUUUGAAGAAAAACUACUUGGGCACUGGAUAUUCUAAGGGGCUGUUUAGUAAAAAAUUUAUUAAAAUCUAUA